AUGCGUCUCAACGCGCCGCUAAAGCGCUCUUACGCAGCUGCUUUUGUGACCGAUUGGGUGCUUGCUGUUGUAGUUGAGAACUUGCAUAGUGUUGGUUGCUUUCCUGAACUACUCCUACGAGAGAAGUGCGAUGAAACGGACAAUCGUCUCGGGCAUGCCCGAAUCCUUCAGCUCCUGAAGUUCUGCCACAAGACGCACCUUACCUUCAACAGAACUAUGUACGAGCAGAAGAAGGGCACACCAAUGGGUUCGCCCAUGUCCGGACUCAUAUAUUCAGGAAAGCAACGAACACUGUAG